AUGAAGACACUAACAUUCAUUACACCCAUCUUAAUCUCGCUGGUUCGAGUUCAGGUUGAAGCUCAUGAAACUUUAUUGGAAUUACAAGGUGCUCUAGGUACUUUAUACUAUGAUGGUAAAUGGCAGACCAACGGAGACAAAUGUAACGAAGGACGUGGUGGACCAGGUUGGUCAGAUGGUCAAAUCGCAGUUCCUGGUUGUGUGAAAAUGGGUCCUGAAUUGGACACUUAUAAUACCAAUAGAGUAGUCGCCCUCAAUCGAACUAUGAUGUGGGGUGACCUUUCAGCUUGGUGUGGAAAAGAAGUUGAAAUCAUCCAAGAUGGUCAAAAAGUCGAAUUUGAUGAGCCACUCGUACUUUGGGAUACAUGUGAAGCCUGUGCGACCUCUGUCAGAGUUGAUUUUGGUGCCGACGCAUACUUAAAAUUGAACCCAGAAGCAUGUGGACCUCAAGGAAACAAUGUGCAUGAUUUGACAGUUCGUGUAACAGAUAAUCAAAUUUGGCAACCUGCAUUAGAUGAAAGUCCUUACACACCCGUUGAAGCCACAAAAGUGUACACAGGAGGUGAUUAUAAUUGGAUGCCAGUCGCUGCCAAUGUGCCCGUCUCUUGCGAAGCGAAUCCUUAUGGAGCGACAAUCAGUGGUGAUUCUGCUGGAGAUACAAAUUUCCCUCCUCCAAUCGUAAUCAAAACUGCUAAUCCUACUUCUGUUCAAUGUGCAACCGGUUCCGGCGGUGGUUCGGGAUCUGGAUCUGGAUCUGGAUCUGGAUCUGGAAUCGUAUCAGCGACUUCAGCUAGUAUCAGCUCGGUCCCUUCUAUCACUGCACCUGCUACUGCUCCAAGCGGUUCUUCUGGAUCAGCGACCGCUGGCUCUGGAUCCGGAUCCGGUUCCGGCACUUCUCCUUCCGGGACUAUCAGUAUCCCUAGUCAAACAUCAGCAAUCGGUACUGGAAUCCCAACCGGGCUUCCCACUGGACUUGCUACUAGUGCGUCUGGAAGUGGAAGUGGAAGUGGACGUGGCGGUGGAAGCUCAGCAACAGAUCCUGUUCUCGGUAUCAACGCUCUAGCUUCAUCCCCUUCGACCGUCGAUGAAUCAUCUACUGCAGGUGGUUCAUCUUCAUCCACAAUGGAAACUUCUGCCUCAGCGAGUGAGACCUCAUCGACCACAGGAUCAGGAUCACAUUCAGUGGGUGAAAGUACAAACGCCACUUUGAACACGCCAGGUGGUCAAUGUGAUCCUAGCACAUACCAAUGUGUAGGAUUAGGUUUACAAAUUUGUAACACUACUGGAUAUUGGACACCCAUGAAUAAUUGUCCUACCGUUUGUGAAAUCGAAUGCGACACAAUCUCAUGCCACUAG